AACAAUAAAAGUUUGAUAUUGUGAGUAUUGUAGGCUGACGUCACUUUGAUUCCUUGAAGUGAGGCAGAAUAAACCCUGAAAGGACAAACACACACACACACACACACACACACAGACAGUCACUCACUCACUCACGCGCACAUAUACACACACACACACACACACAUACAGAGAGACUCAAUUACUGGCCAAUUCUCUUCUUCAUCAUCUCCUGCUACACUGGCCUCUCACAAAAGCACGACGAAACAGGAAAACAAAGAUCAAGCGAUACUUCGCUCUGGAUCGAGUCGGAAUUACGUCAAGCGUCCAAACUAAAACGUGGUCGAGCAGUGAUGUCACACAGCUGAGGACACUCCCACUCAAUAUGGAGUCUGGAGAACGACUGGCCUCGCCUUCCUCCACCCCACUCUCUGUCCACGCCACCACCUCUGCGCCCUCAUCUUCCUCCUCCUCUUCAUCAUCAGCAGCCUCCAAUGCCAAGAGUAGCCUGAACCACGGAGCCACGGCCACGCUCGGCACAUGCGGUCCUCUGUUUGGCAUGACGGGCAGUGAUCAGCCCUUCAGCGUCAGUUCCAUGACCUCAUUGCCCAGCGCGUACCCGCUCAUGGCUCACCCGGCCUUCGGUCUGUUGUCCCCGGCGACGGUCCGUCCAGAGUUUGGUGGUCUGGGAGGAUUGGGGAUGUCUGCAGCCCUCGCAGCUCACCCGCAGCUGGGAGCUUUCUCAGAAUGGUGGAGGGCAGCAGAGGCUCAUGGGCGGAGUCCUCCAGCCUUCUUCCAGCCUUUUCUCAGCCUGCCCCCCAUGUUUGCCCCGCCCCUUCACAACCACGAGGCCAAUCCGUACACAUCCAAAACCCCAAACAGGAGCAGUCAGUCGUCUAAAGGUGUGAACGGAGCCGUGAACGGCCGCUCGCUCUCGCCAUCUGCGGCUAAAGGAACCGUGUCGGCCGCCGCGUCCCCCUCCCCCGCUCUCCGAGCCCCGGAGCACAGCCGGACCCCCGACGCCAAAGCCCGCGACCGCAAGACCGGUCUCCAUAGCAACAGCACAGGAGAUGUUCAGCAGGAGAAGCCCUCGCAGAAAACUAAAGAGAAGAAGGCCCGUAAGAAGCAGACGGAGGGUUCCGCCGUGAGCGAGAGCGAAUCCGGAUCCUCGCUGGAUACAGACAGUGAUGGGGUGAGCAGCAGUGAUAUCGAUGAUCUUGGAGAGGAAGAGGAUGAUGAUGAUGAAGAUGAAGAUGAUCAGAGUAAAGACAGCGAGGAGUCCGACUCUGAGAAAGAACGUCAAAAGAAAAAGAAAAUGAAAAUUGUGACGUCCAGCUCUGGCCUCAGUAAGAAGGAAAAGAGCCGGUCAGCGGAGCCUCAGGAUUUCCGUGGCGUCUCCCAGCGUGGCGCUCCUCUGGAAUCCUCACUUCCAGUUCACCUACACCGCUCUUCACCCUCUCCGGCUCGCUCUCAGUCCUCUCUGCUCUCUCCGCCGGGUCACAAAGUCAAAGAGAGACCCCUCCACACCAGCGUCAUCCAAUCCACCGGCCUGGCAGCCGCUCCCAAACCACUAGCCUUACUGGCACAGUCACGUCAAAACAUUUCGCCAAAACGUUCCCCUCCGCACCUCACAUCCUCUCCUAAAACAGCCUCCUGCAAGCCCCAUCAGCCCCUCCCUCUUUCCUUAUGCUCCUCCCCUAAGCCUCUUUCAGUGCCCUCCCCUCCCAAACCCCUCCCUCUUUCCUCCUCCCCCAAACCGCCUCCUCUCACCCCCUCCCUGAAGGCACAAUCUCAAGCUUCCUCUCACAAUCCUCGGGGUCCGGCACUGGACGCUCUCACCAGCAGGAAGAUUCUGGAGAGUUCUCUGGGCCACGUCACCGACUACAGACUGAACCAGACUUUCCCGUCUCAGGAGCAGCCCUUUCCUCUCCCGUUGAAGAAACAGCAGUUUAAGAUAAACAAGAGGACAGGAGUGCUAUCAUCCUCGUCCUCAUCACAGCCGUCGUCCUCCGUUCUCUCUGUCAAACACAGCUCUGAAGCCUCAGGCAGGACCAAACCCCCGUCGGCGUCGGCCGUGUCCUCCUCCUCUCUGUCGUUUCCUCACAGUCUGCUGGCGCUCGCUCAGGCCAACGGCGUCAUUCACAGCACGCAGGACGCUCCUCUGGCCCUCACCACCAAACCUCGCUCGGAUCUGCCCGUUAACCUCAGCACGGGAGGACGCAAGAGCCCCGCCGGCGCCACGCCCAACCACGCCCGCGAACCACGCAAGAGCAAGACCCCCAAAGCGCUGGAGGCCUGGAGGGGUCUGUCCCAGAAACACCUGGUGCAGUCUCUGGUGGAUCUGUUUCAUCACAGCGGAGCCGAACAAGAGCUGCCCAGCAGCAAAGAGUCCGACGAGUCCGCCGAGGAUGAAGAUGAUGAGGAUGAUGAUGUGGAGGAUGAGGAAGAUGAUGAUGAAGAGGAUUCAGACGACAGUCUCUCAGAAUCCGACAGUAACUCAGACAGCGAGCUGAACGGAUCUGAAGGUGGUAAGAAGAAACGCAAGAGUUCACUGGUGGAGACCAACACAGACGGAGAGACGAGUCCUCAGAAACUCCCUCAUCUCAACUCAUCCGCCAAUCACAGUCUGUCUGACUGUCUGCCACUCAACCUUCAAGUCUUUAAGCCUUCCAGUGUGGCCACGCCCACCAUCGUGAGCAGCUCCGGUGCCUUGACCUAUCACAGCUCUCCUUCCUCAUCCUACUCUGUGGGCACUUCUCCAGGCUCUGGCAAGAGGAAGCGGGUGAUGAAUGAAGAUGAUUUACGGGUUCCUCUAGAAAUGGGCUGGCAGCGUGAGACGCGGGUGAAGACAGUAGCCGGUCGACUGCAGGGAGAUGUCGCCUACUACGCCCCGUGCGGCAAGCGUCUGCGGCAGUACCCUGAUGUCGUAAAGUAUCUGUCCAGAUACGGAAUAACUGACAUCACACGCGAUAAUUUUAGCUUCAGUGCAAAAGUAAGGGUCGGUGACUUCUAUGAAGCGAGAGAAGGACCCCAGGGUCUGCAGUGGUCUCUUCUGAAAGAUGAAGAGGUCAUCCCUCAUAUUCUGGCUAUGGAGGGGAGACGGGUUCGUCCCCCCAGCUCAGAGCGUCAGCAGAGGGGCGGCGGUGAGUUCUCGGGCAGUCGGCGCCGAAAGGGCCGUCCCCCGAAUCUGGGCGAGAGCGACUUCCCAAACCCCUCUGAGGCCAAACUGCUGCGCAAACUGGAGGCUCAGGAAAUCGCCCGACAGGCCGCUCAGAUGAAACUAAUGAGGAAACUGGAGAAACAGGCGCUCGCACGGGCGGCCAAAGAGGCCCGAAAACAACAAGCCAUCAUGGCUGCAGAAGAGAGACGGAAACAUAAAGAGCAGAUGAAGAUUUUCAAACAGCAGGAAAAGAUAAAGCGCAUUCAGCAAAUCCGCAUGGAGAAGGAAGUCCGCGCGCAGCAGAUUCUGGAGGCAAAGCGGAAAAAAAGAGAAGAGGCUGCCAAUGCCAAAAUGUUAGAGGCGGAGAAGAGAAUAAAGGAAAAAGAAAUGAGACGUCAACAGGCUGUUAUUCUCAAGCACCAGGAGAUGGAGAGGCAUAGACUAGAUAUGGUAUGGGAGAGGGAGAGGAGAAGACAGCAUGUUAUGCUAAUGAAAGCGGUAGAGGCGCGGAAAAAAGCUGAGGACCGGGAACGCCUCAGGCAAGAGAAGAGAGAUGAGAAACGACUCAACAAGGAGAGAAAGAUGGAGCUCCGGAGGCUGGAGCUGGAGAUGAUCCGAGAGAUGAAGAAACCCAAUGAGGACAUGUGUCUGACGGAUCACAAGGCUCUUCCUGAGAUUCCUCGUCUUCACGGUCUGGUGCUGCCCGGCAGUGUGUUUGCAGACUGUCUGAUGUUGGUACAGUUCCUGCGGAGUUUCGGGAAGGUUUUGGGGAUGGAAUUGUCUGAGGUGCCCACGCUGGGUGUCCUGCAGGAGGGACUGCUCAACCUGGGCAACAGCAUGGGUCAAGUGCAGGACCUGCUGGUUCGACUGCUCUCGUCGGCUGUGUCUGAUCCGGGGUUACCUCCAGGACACAGGGCGAAGUCCAUCUUGGGUGACCACUUGACUAAUGUGGGUUUAAACCGAGAUAACGUGUCUGAGGUUCUUCAGCAGUAUAUGGAGGCUCACUGCGCUCAGACAGAUCUCACUGAUCUCAGUCGGAGUCUCAGGACCAAGUCUUUUCAGGCUCACACACCGGCUCAGAAAGCAUCUGUUCUCGCCUUCCUGGUCAAUGAGGUGGCCUGCAGCAAAAGUGUCAUCAGUGAGAUCGACAAGAGUCUGGAGCACAUGAACGUGUUGAGGAAGGACGAGUGUAUCGUUGAGGCCAAACUGAAGAAAAUGAAAACAAUCCACGCCAAACGCACCGGAAAACGUGACGCCGUCGCCGGAGGGGAGGAGUCUCACGCUGCAGGCGCCUCUGUGAUUGGUCACAAGCGCAAGAGGAAGACUGGGGACAGUGAUGAGGACGACGAUGAAGAUGAGGACAGUGAUGAUGCUGCAGAUGAAGAGGACGAUGAGGAGGAGGAAGACACCAAAAAGGGCAAGAAGGUGGAGACGUGUGAUGAGGACGAGGGAGAUCCAGCCACGAGUGUUGAAGAGCUGGAGAAACAGAUCGAGAAGCUGUCUAAGCAGCAGAAUCUGAUCCGCCGGAAGCUCUUCGAGUCGUCUCACGCUCUGAGGUCCAUGUCAUAUGGUCAGGACAGAUACCGCCGCAGAUACUGGGUCCUGCCUCAGUGUGGAGGGGUUUACAUAGAGGCCAUGGAGAGCGGAGAAGGUCUGGAGGAGCUGGAGAAAGAACGAGAACGAUUAAAGAACUUUCAGGCCGUGCAGGUGAAAGAAGAGCCGCAGGAGGAGUUAACAGAACAUCAGGAGGAGGAUGAGGAGGAGGAGGAGGAGAUACCUGCAGUACCUUUGAAGGAGGAGGAGUUGAAACAAGAGGACAAACUCGUGGAUCCCCAUCAGGAAACAGAUAAAGAGAUGCGCUUCUCCCCACUCAAAGAACUUCAGGGAACAGAGCCCGUGACCACGCCCCCUCAGCCACCUAAGCUCCACCCCUCAACGAGCCCCGCUUGCCAGGAACUGCCUCACACACCUGCAGGGCUCAGGGUCGUCGCCACGGAUACCACAUCAGCAUCAUCUCCGGCUCGCUCUCCAACUACCUCCAAACUGACCGAAGGCGGCAGCCCGGGCCCGGAGCACUCCGUCCCUCCUCCUCUGCAGCUCAGCGUCCCGGCGCACGUCCUGCAGCCGCACGCGCAGCUCCUGCCCACCGAUCAACUGCUCAGGGUCCUCGGCGAGCGCAGCGGCCACUGGUUCAGCCUGCUGCCUCGCUCGCCCUGCGACGACACCUCACUCAGCCAGCCCAAAACUCCUCCUCCGACAUCUACCUCCUCUCCGCAUCAUCAUCACCAGCUGCUCUCUCUGUCAGGUCCUCUGAACCCCUCGCCCGCCGGCAUACAGAUGAAGUCGGGUGGAUCUCUCAUGGGUUUGUCCAUGUUCAGUUGGUCCGGCGGGGUCAUCAGCCCCAAUCUGCCCCUGUGUAGUAGCCCGAUGCACAUGUACCCGUCGGCGGAGGGCAGCGCCAGCCCUCACCCGGCCCCCAGCGUCUCCACCAGCAAAAGCGACUCUCCCGUUCCCACCGGAGAAAAGAUGACGUCUCCUGCGGCGCUGGAGAUUCCCAAAAACCACGAUCGCCCCGAAGCUCUGCCCAUACCUGAGGACAUGCUGCUGGGCUGGUGGAAGGUGACGGACAUGGAGGAGCUGAAAGCUCUCAUGAAUGCUCUCCACAGCCGAGGAAUCCGAGAGAGAGGACUCCAGAAACAACUGCAGAAAUCCAUCGAGCUAAUCACGCAAACCUGCAACAAGAACAAAGAUGUGGCAGUCAUGGAGGUGUCGGAGCUGGACGAGGGUCAGGUUUCCGUGGAGACGCUGCGGGAUUGGUGCGUGGAGGAGCAGGCUAUGGAGACGGACAUCGCUCUGCUGCAGCAGGUGGAGGAACUGGAGCGGAAGGUGACGUCGGCCAGCCUGCAGGUCAAGGGCUGGGCGUACCCGGAUCCGCAGUCCGAGAGAGAAGACCUGGUGUAUUACGAGCACAAGCCCCUCCCCAAGCCCCGUCCAGGGGUGGAGUCCCAGGAGGAGCGGUGCUCGGAGAAGGGCCUGAUCCGUCGCCUCGACAACCCGCUGGACAUCGCAGUGACGCGACUGGCCGAUCUGGAGCGGCACAUCGAGAGAAGGUACCUGCGGAGCCCCUUAGGGACCACCAUCCAGAUCAAACUGGAUAAUGUGGGUACGGUCACUGUGCCCGCACCUGCUCCAUCCACUAGCGCUGGAGGGGAAGGGGGAGAGGAGGAGAUCGCUCCUGGGAUGAAGGUUUGGAGGAAAGCUAUGGGUGAUGUCCGCAGCUCUUCUCAGUUGGCCAUGUGUCUACAGCAGCUGCAGAAAUCCAUCGCCUGGGAGAGAUCCAUCAUGAAAGUGUACUGUCAGAUGUGCAGAAAAGGUGAUAAUGAAGAUCUGCUUCUGCUGUGUGACGGCUGUGAUAAAGGAUGUCACACCUACUGCCACAAACCCAAAAUCACCAACAUCCCUGAGGGAGACUGGUACUGUCCUGCCUGCAUCUCCAAGGCAAGCGGUCAGUCACCUAAAGCUAAGAAGCAGCAGAACCGUACAGCACCAGCCAGCGGAGGAAAGAAGGCGACAGAAUCCGCCAAGAAAAACAAGAAACAAACAGAGGCGUGUGAAGAAGAGACGGCCGCCAGCGGCAGCAACAACAACAGCACCCCAAAGAAAUCAGCCAACACCUCCAACCAGAACAAGAAGAACACGUCCAUCCCACCUGUGACCAAACCCGACAGUCCCGUCUGUGUGAAGAGAGCAAAGACAGCCAGAGACAACAACAGAGACCUGGGCCUGUGCAGGAUUCUAUUGGCGGAACUGGAACGUCAUCAGGACGCCUGGCCGUUCCUCACGCCUGUCAACUCCAAAUCUGUCCCGGGAUACAAGAAAGUCAUUAAAAAGCCCAUGGACUUCUCCACCAUCCGUGAGAAACUGGUCAGCAGUCAGUAUCAGAACUUGGAGACGUUCAUCAUCGACGUCAACCUGGUGUUCGACAACUGCGAGAAGUUCAACGAGGAUAACUCUGACAUCGGCCGGGCCGGACACAACAUGAGAAAGUUCUUCGAGAAGAGGUGGACUGAGCUCCUGAAGCAGACCAACUGAUCCGCCGUCAGACACACAUCAUGGUGCAAUAGCUGAUCCUCGGAGAAGAGUCGCACUGACGUGUCAUCAGUCAGAGGUGUAGGAGAUGAAUCCCUGUCCACUACCUGUAAAUACGUCCUUUGGUUUCGUUGUUUUUACGUUCUGGUUAAUAUUAUAGUGAAUGUAUUUAAUUUUUUUAAAUGAUUAUUUAUGAGAAAAUAAAAAGAAAGGUCCACUCUUCGUUUUCUAUGAAAAGGAAGAAAUAGCAAAACUGCUUUAAAUCAAACGGAAUGUUUAUUAUUUGUUUGUGUUAUUUUGUUGAUUUUUCCUCUCCAAAUACGAAACAAAGCCAAGAAAAAAAACCAAGGAAAGAAAGAAACUGUUUACACUGAUCUGUGCCAGACGGCAUCAGAGUAUUCUGUAACCCUCUCUGUAUCACUGUACACGCUGACCGCAGGAGGCCGUCCCGUCCCGUCCCGUGUGUACAUACUGUCUAUUCAUGUCAAUAUAUAUGGAGUCUGCUUUGGAAUGACGUGUACAUAUUGUUUCAGACAUUGGCUAUUGUUUAUGCCUUAGAACGAUUGUAGCAAUUGAUUUUAGUCUUAAAGUGAUGAAUAAUAUACAUUUAUUGUUUGUACAGUAUAUACAUAUCCUCUACAAAACACUGUGGUCUCCUUAAUCUUAGUAGUGCCUACCCUUCAGAACAGGGUCUAGGGAAAAGACAAAAAAUCCUUUGCUUUGCUUUGGUUUUUUUCCCAGUUUUUGUAACGUCAUUGUUUUCUUCUCUAAAACACAUCAAGGCCUCCGCUCAACAGGCAUACUGUACGAAACUGUGGGAGUAUUCUUCAGUAUCCCCCAUCGGCCCCAGAGCCGCCCGCCCGUCCGGGCUCACUGGAGGCAGCUAGAACUGAGUUCUUUUUGUACCUGCGUCAGAGUACUUGAAGUUAUUUUAUUUAAAGAUAUUGUGGGAAACAAAUGGUAGCGUUCUUUUUGUAGGAGCAUUAUUUUUCACUAGUGGAUGUGUGUGUGUGUGGGCGCGUGUGUGUGUGUGGAUGUGAGCGUGAGAGAGUGUGUUUGUGCGACUGUGUGGAUGUUUGGCACGAACUUAUUAAAAGGAUGUUUUUAAAUCCACAAA